GAGAAGUGAUCGCUUUGGCGGUCGCGAUGGGCAAGUCAGAUUUUCUCACCCCCAAGGCUAUCGCCAACAGGAUCAAAUCCAAAGGGCUUCAGAAGCUGCGCUGGUAUUGCCAGAUGUGCCAGAAGCAGUGCCGCGACGAGAGAAAAUGGACUGGUUCUUCAUGAGACUGUUACCAAGUACACAGAUGAGCAAGGGUCGUUUAGGUGGUCUGUGGGUGACCAGAGGUGCGGAAACCACCCCAGAAUGGCUUUAAGUGUCAUUGUAUGUCCGAAUCUCAUCAGAGACAACUAUUGCUGGCCUCGGAAAAUCCUCAGCAGUUUAUGGAUUAUUUUUCAGAAGAAUUCCGAAAUGACUUUCUAGAACUUCUCAGGAGACGCUUUGGCACUAAGAGAGUCCACAACAACAUUGUUUACAAUGAGUAUAUCAGCCACCGGGAGCACAUCCACAUGAAUGCCACCCAGUGGGAGACCCUGACCGAUUUUACUAAGUGGCUGGGCAGAGAAGGCUUGUGCAAAGUGGACGAGACACCGAAAGGCUGGUACAUUCAGUAUAUAGACAGGGACCCAGAGACUAUCCGGCGCCAGCUAGAACUAGAGAAAAAGAAGAAGCAGGACCUUGAUGAUGAAGAAAAAACCGCCAAAUUUAUUGAAGAACAAGUGAGAAGAGGUCUGGAAGGGAAAGAACAGGAGGCCCCUGUUUUUACGGAAUUAAGCAGAGAAAAUGAUGAAGAAAAAGUUACAUUUAAUUUGAAUAAAGGAGCAUGCAGUUCAGCGGCAACGUCUUCCAAGUCAAGUUCUCUGGGACCAAGCGCGUUGACGAUGAGCGGGACCGCAGCGUCCGUGAAGCGGAAAGAGGCCUCCCAGGGCUCGGCUCAGCCCAAAGACAAGAAGAAGAAGAAAAGUGCACUCGACGAGAUCAUGGAGAUUGAAGAGGGAAAGAAACGGGCUUCUCGAACAGACUACUGGCUGCAGCCGGAAAUCGUCGUGAAAAUUAUAACCAAAAAACUCGGAGAGAAAUAUCAUAAGAAAAAGGGCAUUGUUAAGGAAGUAAUUGACAAGUAUACAGCUGUCGUAAAGAUGAUUGACUCUGGAGACAAGCUGAAACUUGACCAGACCCAUUUAGAAACAGUCAUUCCAGCACCAGGAAAGAGAAUCCUCGUUUUAAAUGGCGGCUACAGAGGAAAUGAGGGGACCUUAGAAUCCAUCAACGAGAAGACCUUUUCCGCUACUAUAGUCAUUGAAACUGGCCCUUUAAAAGGUCGCAGAGUGGAAGGAAUUCAAUAUGAAGACAUUUCUAAACUUGCUUGAGUUUGAAAAUUUGUUAACAACGUAUUAAAAUCCUAAAGCAUCAAAUUGGUGUUCGCCAAGGCAUUAUGAGACUCUACUGUGUUAGGGUGAUUCUUUUGUAUAAACGAACGGAUUUAUUUAAAUAUUACUGUAUAGCCGUUUAGCUAAACUUACAGAAAAAUCUAAUUAUGUCUCAUGAAGUAUCAAAACGAUGUAAAUUUAUCCUUGUUACUUUUGUUUUGUAAUAUUUCCUUGAGUUUUUAAUCUUUAUUAAAAGAAUUAUUGUAAAGUGUUUUAUAUAAGACAAUUUAGAAUCAUAUAAUUAGAAGAAAUUCUUCAUAUGCUCUAAAUUUAUAUUUUCAGUCGUAAAGUAGUAAUGUCGAACUCUAAAUAUAAUUACAUUUUAAAAAGUCAA